GUUCUGCCCGUAUCGUUGGUGAAGAGGAGAACACGGUGUUCAAGUUUCUUUGUCGGAAAAGAAUGGAGGGUACUGGUGGAAUUAUUCAUCAGGAUAACCUUGCGUGAUUCGAAGCUAGAUUCUUCUGACCCAUGAAAUGAAAAGCUUAAAGCAAAUCAAUUCGUAAUAAGACUGAUUUUUCUUUGGUUUCACGCCGAUUCUUCUGCAAAACCUCCGAGGCAAAGCAUCGAACACAUAGCGUGCUUCACAUACAGCGCACUUCCGAGUUAUGAUAUUACCUUUCGCGAAGCUAGGAACACUUGCUUUGAAAACGAUUUGCAAACCAAUCGCCAAACGUAUCAAGAAAGAGGCUGGACGUCAUCCUCAGUUCCGCCACGCCAUCAUCAACUUUGCCCAGGCUAAUCAUCGUUUCAGAACAAAGUUGCAAAGACAUAUAUAUGGUCAUGCAAUAGAUGCUGCAAUUCGCCCUUUAAAUGAGGAAAAAGCUGUCCAAGCUGCUGCAGAUCUUCUUGGAGAACUCUUUGUGUUCACUGUUGCAGGAACUGCUGUUAUCUUAGAGGUCCAAAGAAGCUCAAAAUCAGAAGCUAGGAAGGAGGCACUUCGCAAACAAGAAUUAGAGACCCUGAGGCAACGUGAUGAAGAUCUUGCAAAGCAAAUUGAGAUGCUUAAGUACAAACUUGAUGAGAUUGAACAAGUUGCCAAACAACAAGGACUAGUUUUGAAAUUUAGAAAGCCUCAUUCGAAUGAAGCUGGAAAAGCAAGUGAAUCUGGGGUAUUAAUUUAGGUGUGUGCUAGAAUUGAAUGCCUUCAUGGAUAGAUACAAUGAUAGAGGUAAGGUAAGGAACUAACUCUAGAAAUGUUUAUUACCCAUUCUCCUUCAGUUAAUAAGAUCCUUGAGGGCUCUUAAAUGGCGAAAUAUAAUUGGGUAAAGAGUGUUUGAAGACAUUUUCUUUAGAUUUGAGUUGUAAUAUUAUGUUUAUUUUAUUGUAUUUGUAGUAAAGUUGUAAUUAGGCUAUGUAUGCGUGUAAUAAAACUAUAAAACGACUAUAAAAGUAUAAACAUUCUUUUGAAAGAUAAAUGAUCCAGUAGUUUGAUUUUUAA